AAAUGAUAUCAUUUUUUCCAUUACAGUAUCUCUUUAUUACUAUUGCUGUAUUGUGACAUAAAUUUCUUCGUAAGUACAAGACUCAUGAGAGGCUACAAAUUAUUGUUUUAUACAACGGUUGGUGGUAUUGGGUAUUACACUAUGUACUGGAGCAUUAUGAAAGAUUCCAGUCAAAUAAAGAUAAAGAAAAAUAUGAAGUAUACAAAUCCUGAUGACAAAGCUACUCAAGAAUUGAAUCAAAAGUUUAUGAAAGUUCUCAAAGAUGCAGCAGCACUUGAUGAAAAUAUUGUUUAUCGAGAUUUUAAUAGAAAAAAUGAAUAAAAGGUUGUUUCUAUUCACUAACUGAAGAAAGAAGUUAUUGUUGUUUUCAUCCAGGAAAAGUUUCUUUUUCCAAUGGGAAGCAGGAAGUAAUCCAUAUCACAGACUCAUAGCUGCGUAGUGGGUUAGCGGUGGCACAACAGUAAUGGAUAUAUCAGGCAAAUUAUCAGGAAAACAAUUCAGACCAGUGGUUCUCAAACGCUCAUAAUCGAUGGUCCCCUUCCUGAGACUCUCAAUAAUUUAUGCGUCAUGUUUAAUAAUAAAAAAGUCGACAAACAAAAGCCAACAAAGAAAAAAUUUAUUACAGUCAAAUUAUGUUAAAUGAAUGUAGUCAUGGCGAGAACUGCUUCUCUUUUUUGGCGGUCGAGGGCCCAGUUGUACAAAACUGAUAGAAAUCAUGGACCAUGGUCAUUGAUUUGCAAGUGUGUGAUAACAAUGCAAGCGAAUGUCUCAAUAAGUUCGAAUUUUGCCCAUGAGCAAAUGUCUCAACUUGGUUGUUGAAUUUGGAGAGUGUUAUGUAUGACUUUUUGGAAUAAGAUAUCCAUUUGAUGUUUUUUCGACGGUCAUCGUGGACUAGACUCUUAUAUUAUAUUUUGGAAUAUAUUUGUAAUUACUACUUACUUGAAAUAGAAAAGAAUGUAAUUUGUCAUACUGAAAUUAUAUAAUAAGUUUUGUCACUCCUAUUAUUAGUGUUCCAGAUCAAAGAUUCAUAAUAUUGAAUAUAGUUCAACAUCACAAACCAGGGUUGUCAUUUCUUUUGUUUUAUAAAAACUGAGAUGUACCGGUACUUAUGUACUUAUGAUGUACUUAUGCUUAUUGUACUAAAUCUUCUGUAAGUUUUUAUACUUAUAUUUACUUGUACUUUUGAUGGUUUAUUAAUCAACCUAAUUUGUGUUCAACAUUAUUAUGUUUUUAGAUAAAUUAAGAAUAAGUAUUCUAGACAAAAUUAAUUUUUGUAUGAUUCACUUGGGUCGGCUGUUACACAAAUACCUACGACUGAAAUGAGUGAAAACACAAUCACUCAAGAUGAGAUGCGAAGACGCCGGCUUGCACGCUUAGGCGGAGAUACUAGCUCCCCACAGUCAACUCCAGUAGAUAAAGAAAGCAAAAAAGGAAACUCUAAAUCUCUAGAUACUUCACCAGAAUUUUCAAGUCCAAGAUAUAAAGUAGCGAGAUCUUCAGCAACAAGUUCAUUGGCAAGUGAUAGCAGUAGCAUACCACAUUCUCAAGCAGAAGAUGAUGAUAUUUUGUCUCCAAAUCCAAAGCGCCCUCUGGAAGUUUUAACUGGUGCUAUAAGUUCUAGCAUAUCAAUGGAUGUGGAUUCUGGUAUUGCUUCAUUGAAUGAUUAUGUUGACAAUAUGAUAUCAACUCAGACUGAUGAUAUGGUCCUCAUCAAAGAUAUCCCUAAAAGCCAAUUGAUAGCAGACAUAUUACAAAAAGUAUCUGGAAUAUCUGAAGAUGAUAUUAAAGCAUUACAUUUAAAUCUUGAGGAAGACGAAAAAGAAGUUUUUGGACAUGUCUUGAUGCAUGGAAUCAUGUCAAAUUGUGCUUCCGAAACUAAAUAUACAACACUUCAUACCACACCAAAAAGUCGAAAGAUCAAUACUGUGUCUUCAGCUACAGCUUCACCUCCAAGUGGUCAAGAUACAUUGGAAGUAGACAAAUGUCAGCAAAGUAUUCAAUAUGUUAUCAAUUGUUUUCAAAAUGUGGAAUUAUGUCAUUCCGGUGAUGAUAGAGAAGACCAGAAAGCAGGAUUUGACAGAGGAACUUAUUUAAAUAACAUACAAGAACAAUGUAUAGACUGUGCCAUUUUGCUACUCAAUGAAGAAAUUUUUACUUUUAAAAGAAACGCUAUACACCCAUUAUCUUCUCUUCUUUUGUCAGAACAAAUGCCAUAUAAUUUUCUCGCACAAUUGGUACAAAAAUUAUGCAUUCAAAAUAUUACUGAAAUAUCUAAGGUAAUCACUCCAGUAUUAGAUGACAUUCGAGAAGCUGCCAAGAAAAUGUCAAUCACCAUGAACAACUUUUUGCCAAUAGAGAUUCUUCUUCAAUUAACAAGCAUACUUACACAUGAUAGAAGCAAAGAAAGACCUAUUUGUUCACUCAUAACAUCUCUCGAUAGUUGGAUACCUGAAAUGUUAAGUGAUGCGAAAGGUGCAGAAAUUCAAAUGUUGUCUUUCCUCGGACCAUUUCUAUCAGUAUCUUCUUUUUCAGAAGAGGAUGAUAAAAUGCGCAAGACAUAUUUUGACAAUGCAAAAGUAAAUAUGGACAGUAUUAAACUCGUCAGUGGAGCAAUACAUGGAAAGAUGGAAGAUGUCCGGGAAAAAAUGUUUAAAAUUUUGCACAAUUGUCUUCUCAAUCCAUCAAGUCGGAAUUCAACCAUUUUAUUCCUUGCUACAGUUAUCAAUGCAAACACUAAGAAGAACCAAAUACGGACAAAUGAAUCUCUUGUAUCACAAAAUGGAUUUAUGUUAAAUGUUUUAACAAUCUUACAAAAGUUAUCACUCAAAGUUAAAGUUGAUAAAGUUGAUACACAAUAUUUGACACAUCCAACAUGCCUUAUAGAAACAAGUACUGAAACAAGGAUUAAAAUGACUUCUGAACAGUACAAAGAUAUGCAAAAGCAACAUUCCAGCCUGGAAACAUCUAACUCAUUUCCGACAGAAUGCUUCUAUCUCACAAUGCAUGCACACCAUCUCUCUGUCAUGCCUGUCUUCCGAGCAUUUAAUAGAUAUAACAGAAGUCUGAGAGAACUUCACUCAUUAAUAGAAAAUUUACGAUCAACAAAAGCCACUUGGAAAGGAACACCAGCAGAAGCAAGAAAUCGUGCCAUGUUGAAAGGUUUAAAACAACAAUUAAUAGAUCAUGCUGUGAGGAAUGCCUGCUAUGAAAUUUCUUUAAAUCACGAAUCAAUGUUACAUCAGUGCUUGAUUUAUUUUUCAUCUGCUGCUCAGUUUUUACUGAAGCUUGUAACAAGACCAGAUGAGCAAGAACCAACAUUACCUCUGCCUGCUAAAAUUCCUAAUGCAUUUGCUGCUAUGCCUGAGUUUUAUGUUGAAGAUAUUGCACAAUUUCUUUUGUUCGUUGUACAACUUUCUCCCAACACCUUGGAAGAUUUUGUUGUAAAAAAUUUGGUGAAUUUUCUCAUCAUUUUUGUCUGUUCAGCAAAUUACUUUCACAAUCCAUAUGUGGUUGCAAAACUUGUUGAGGUUAUUUUUGUUCUCAAUCCUAAAAUUCAACCAAAAGCUUUAGCAUUUUACGAAAGAAUCGAAAAUCAUCCUCUUGCUGUUCUAAACCUUGCACCUGCUCUUAUGAAGUUUUAUACAGAUGUUGAAACAACUGGAAGCAGCAAUGAGUUUUAUGACAAAUUCAGUAUUCGAUAUCACAUCUCAAUUAUUUUCAAAAGUUUAUGGUUGUGCCCUUUGUACCAGAAGGCAAUAAUACAAGAAAGCAGAAGUGGAAAGGAAUUUGUUAGAUUUGUAAACAUGUUGAUAAACGAUACAACAUUUGUAUUGGAUGAAAGUUUGGAUUCACUGAAAAGUAUCCAUGAAGUACAAGAAGCAAUGAGAAAUACUACUGAGUGGAACAAACAGUCAAAGGAAGUGCGUGAGCGGCGUGAGCAACAGCUACAACAAGAUGAAAGACAAUGUGAAUCAUAUUUAACAUUGGCAUCGGAAACUCUCAGUAUGUUUCACUCUCUUACAACAUUUGUGCAAAAGCCUUUUUUGAGACCAGAAAUUGCCGAUCGACUUGCAGCUAUGUUGAACUUCAACCUCACUCAAAUCUGUGGUCCCAAAUGCAAAAACCUCAUUGUUAAAAAACCUGAAAAGUAUGGUUUUUAUCCAAAGAAACUACUCAGUCGAAUCAUCGAUUUGUAUUUGAACUUGAAUUGCCCUCAAUUCAUCAAAUGUCUGGCUAGAGACGAGAGAUCAUAUAGCAAAGAAAUAUAUGAUGAAGCAACCAAGAAGAUGGAGAAACUUUUAAUCAAACCUCAGAUGGAAAUUCAAGCAUUUGCUGAACUUGCCAGACAAGUUGAACAAUGUCAUAUUGAACUUCAACAAGUUGAAAAUGAUUAUGGUGAAAUCCCUGAUGAAUUUAGAGAUCCAUUGAUGGACACACUCAUGCAUGAUCCAGUUCGACUUCCGACGAGUGGAAAUAUCAUGGAUCGGAUCAUAAUACGUAAACAUUUACUCAAUUCUCAUUCCGAUCCAUUCAAUCGACAGAAAUUAACUGAAGAUAUGCUGGAACCAGUUUCUGAAUUGAAACAACGAAUAGAUGAUUGGAUCAAAGAAAAACAAAAAUUAAGACAGCCUGGAACAAGUUAUGAAGAAAAGAUGGAAAAUUAAGCCCAUUUAUGUGUUACCUAUGUUCGUUACUAUAUUAUAUCAUACUUUUGGACCAGGACAACAACUCUGUUUAUUAUCCGUUUUGUAUGAAAUUGAACUUGAAAUGAAAAGUACUCUAAGUAUUCUGUAUAUAUAAUAUUCCCGGUAAUAUGUAAUGGGCAUUGAAUUGAACACUCCUUUUUUUGGUGUAACAAUAAAUAUAAAGUUUUCGUCUUCGAUUUGUCACU